AUGAAUACUUUCAAGACGAUUUUCGGUGCUUCGUCACUGUUGCUAGGACUCGCUUCCGCCCAAAGCAACGAUGACAACCCCAGCGUCGAUAUCAUCUCUUGCAGCAAUCUUUCGUGCAUCGACGCAAGCAGCGGCAGCGUAUGCCAGGCCAAUGCCACCCUCCAGACCGGCGUCGGCAUCGCGUCCCGCGUACUCUCCAUCCCUGGGUCCAACGACCCUCUCUCCCUAACCCUCGUCGACGGCGCUCCGCUAGGCGACCUGGCAGGUUCUGGUGCCUGGUUGACGACUCAAACGCUCUAUGCAGGCGUUCCCGCCAACUUCAACGCAUCGGGCCAGAAUGGCGCUUGUGCGCUGAUGCUCCAGUACCAGGCGCAGACGCUGCCAGAAGACGCGGCGCAAGCUUUGAACACGACGUCCUGUAACGGGGCUCUGGACGGCAGCACCAGAGACGUGCUGACCAGCAUCAUCGACUCCUUCGACUACAGCACCUACGGUAGCGGCGACAACGUUCUUCCUCGCUGCGACGCCCUGACCCAACACGUCAAUGCCCAGAUCCGCGCUCGUCAGAACGUCGGGCCGUGGCUCUCCACCUUCCUGACGGCAGCCGGCGGCGCUCUGACAGGCACAGACGCCAACACGACGGUUGCCAGACCCCAGUCUCAAGGUUGUCAGCCCGUCAGCCCCGAGCAGUACAGUCUGCGUGCUGUGGUCAGCAUGGAUCAAUUCCUGUUCAAGUCCGGACCGCUGCUGUCUGAUUCCUCGAACAACGAUACCGAGGUUGGUGCCGGUCGCACGGGAGUCACGCCCGUGAUCACAGUUGUCUAUGGCGAUGAGUAA